AUAACACGUUGUUUAUGUUUUUUUUACCAAACCAUGUUCGUUCCUCAAGUCUUUUGUUUUGUUGACUUUGUUCCAAAAGAGCAAUAACAGAGCCUUCAGUCUCUACUCAAGAAAAUGAGAAAACGACGUAAUGGCAAAAGUAAUUAGCAAAUAAAAUAAAUGUCUUUGAUGUUGUGCUACAAAUGAAUAUAACUUAACUACCCAAAACAACAGCGGGAACGCCACCAACCAAACAACAAUUCACAAUUCACAGAGUCAAAUGCGCCAAGCCCAAAACCGCACUCGAAUUGUUGAAUGUGGUAAACUGAGCCAAGAUAGCUCCAAAAGUUAACAGUAAGUUAGUCGAUUAUCAGACAGACAACGGCAAACAAGUUAAAUCUGUAGACGCCACGGAGCCAAGUAACACGUUUUUACAUCCAGCAAAGUAGUGCUUGCGCUUACCAGAGAAAGAAGUUUACAUAUUAAGUAAUCCAGUUCAGUUUCAAACGAGGCCAAUCAGAUGUUGCCCUUAACAAGUUUUUCGCAAUUCAUUCUAUUAAUAUGUGUGCUGCACUUUUUGGCGUCAUCAACAAAUGCCUACGAUCCGAAUGACAAGAAAAUUGCCUCUGUGCUGCCACCUGAGGGCAUGUUUGAAGCCUUCUAUCCUCGCGAAGUAGAUGGCGUUCCCAAUGGAGCUUCCCGGCCAGCUCAUGCACACGGCAGUUUUUUCAAACAUCGAAACCCAGCAUUGGUGGAUACGAAAAAUGCUGCUGCCUACGGUUAUCGAUUUGAUGGAAAGCGUAGAUUUAAUUUUGAUUGAUCGGUGCGCAAAUUGAACUGUUAGUUGUAGCCGAAUUAGUAAACAAAAGAAACUUAAUAAAAUGUGAUUUGUAAAUAAUACAAUUUGUUUGAAUUAUAAUAUAAAUUAUAUAACUUCGUAGCUGUUUUCGCUGAAGAAAAAAUACACAUUUCUGUGAUUCGAUACAUACAAAACAUAUAUUU